AUGUUUUUGUUUCCAUACACCUCGUUCUCUUCCCUGUCUUCUUUCCUCUUAAUCAUCCCGCUUCCUUUCUCUCUCUCGUUUUAUCUCACUGACUCCAACCCACUUUUAUCCUUUGAUAGUCAAGUCAGAGAGGUGCACCUCUACACAGAUAACCACAGGAGAGGGAUGUAUCUGCAGAUGACCCUGGAUGGGAGAGUGUCAGGAAGUGAUGUGCAGACCCCUUACAGUGUGCUGGAGCUGAAAUCAGUGAAACCAGGCCAUGUAGCCAUCAAGGGGCAGUCAUCGUCUCUGUUUCUCUGUGUGGACAGCGGAGGCCGUUUGAGGGGACAGAGGCUCUACACAGAGGCUGACUGCACCUUCAGAGAGCUGCUGCUGGCAGACGGAUACACCCGUUUCCUCUCCUCACACCACGGAUCUCCUGUGUCUCUGGCAUCAAAACACUCCCCCAACCGACACACAGUCCCCUUCACUCGAUUCCUGCCACUUAGGAAUACUUUGGCAGGGGAGAGUGUGUCUGAACGGCCACCAAACACUCAGAGAUCUUUCAACGUGGACUCUGAUGAUCUUCUUGGAAUGGGUCUAAAUGCUGUGGUCAGUCCUCAGUUCUCAGUGGACAAGUAA